GCCUGUGGCUGCUUGUUGUAAGUACCCCUUGGGCGGCACACGGGGAGUAGUGGGGGUAAUCCGAGGUAAUCCACGGCCGAGUGAAGUUCGCGGACCCCCGGCCUGGGUCAAGGGCUCCGGCCGCACGCUCCGCGCCUCGCAGCCAUGCCUCGCAAGAUUGAGGAGAUCAAGGACUUCCUGCUCACGGCCCGGCGGAAGGACGCCAAGUCCGUCAAGAUCAAGAAAAAUAAGGAUAAUGUGAAGUUCAAAGUGCGGUGCAGCAGAUACCUGUAUACCCUGGUCAUCACGGACAAGGAGAAGGCCGAGAAACUGAAGCAGUCCCUGCCCCCGGGUUUGGCGGUGAAGGAGCUGAAGUGAACCCGACAUGCUGAUCUGUAUUAAAACGUUAAAAAUCUU